CACUGUGUUUACUGGAAGCACAAUUUUUCUCCCAAAAUGAGAGCUCAAGAUACUCGUAAGACUGUCUACGGAAACAUCCAUGAUGCCGUGCGGAAUGGCGAUGUUGAGGAGUUGGAGAUGAUGGUGAAGUCGGGGGCGAGCAUCAAUGAAGUGGAUGGCAAGGACAAGUUCACACCCACACACUGGGCAUGUCAUGCUGGUGCACUAGAGUGUCUCCAUUGGUUGUUAUGGCAUGGUGCUGACACCACUGUAACCACCCCAAGAGGCUGGACACCAGCCCACAUUGCAGCCAUAAGGGGACAGGAUGCAUGUCUCCAAGCUCUAGCGAAUAAUGGUGCCAACCUCAGUGCCAAGGAUGCUCGAGGGAGUACCCCGUGUCACCUUGCUGCUGCUCAUGGAAACUCAUUCACAUUGCAUUCGAUACUCAGAAGUGGAGUGGAUACGAACUCAAAAGAUAAGAAUGGUUGGACUCCAGUGCAUGCGGCUGCUUACCACGGUCGCCUUGGCUGCCUCCAGUAUUUGGCUCGUUGGGGUGGCAACAUUGAGGAGGUGGAUAAUGUUGGAAACACUGCAGGUCACCUGUGCGCAAUGGAAGGACACCUUCCGUGUUUCAAAUUCCUUAUCGCCAAUGCCCCCAGUCCAACCCACAUCACAGGGGCAAGGAAUGACCAGGGUGAAACCCCCAAGAUGCUGGCUCAGCAGUUCUACAAGGAGGAAAUAGUCGAUUAUAUCAAUAAUAUCGAGUGGGAGAGAGACCACCCUGAAGAUGGAGAAAAUUUGGCCUUCCCUGCCCAUGUUGCUGCCUACAAAGGUGACCUGCAGCAUCUAAGGAUGUUGAUUGAGAAUGGCGUGGUCAACAUCAAUGAACGAGACGACAAGGGAGCUUGCCCGGCUCAUAAAGCUGCUGGUCAGGGUAACGUUGAGAUCUUGACUUGGCUGAUUGAGAUGGGGGCAAACAUGUCCAUCACUAACAAUGCUGGAGAGACGCCUAAAGACAUCGCCAGGAGGUUCGCUCAGCUGGCUGCCGUCAAGGUUCUUGGUGGAGAAGACGACUCGGAUGAUGAAAAUGCCGAGUACGGUGGUGUUGAUGCCGAUGCUGAUGAUGUUGACGGAGAGCAGAAUGGAAUCUCUCGGCCACCUGCUGGAAACACUGAGGGUGAUGGAAUAGAACUCACUAAGAAACAGAAGAAGAUGGCGUUAGGCCGCUCCAAGAAGAAGAUUGAAGACUUGGACAAACUAUUGGAAGUUGCUAAAACGAAUUACAUCCAGCUUGGUGGUCAGCUGACCGAGGACCGAAGACGAUUGCGUGCGGAGAGAGAAAAUGAGAGAAUCAUCGGCGAAUUGGAGGCACAGUUAGACUACGAGAGAAUCCGCCGUGAGAAACUCGAGGCUCAGCUGGAUGAGUACCGCCGAGAGAUUGCUCACUUGAAUGCCGAGAUCGAGACAUUGACGGCCAACCAGCAAGGGACAGAUGGCUAUACUAGCCGCAGCUCAUAUUUGGAUGAGGAUUCUGGCGACUCUGCCCACCGUGCGGCCAGGAAGAAGAAGACCAAGAAGCCCCAGCCACGAGAUGGCGUGUUUGUCAAUCGUUCAAAGCUAGGGAUGCCAACGUCAGCAAAGUCAAGGAGUGCUUAUAAGAUUGUUUGAGGACAAGAUGAAACAUCUGUUGAUGUUGCUUAUUUUCAUAUGGAAGUUAAGGACAAUGAUCUCAGAACUAUUGCACUCACAUUUCAGAUGUGAUGGUGUUGGAAUGACUUCUCAUUCAUUCCAACAUGGUCACACCUCAAGCAUGGGCAUCUGAGAAAGUUAACCUUAUUUUGUCGUCUGCCCAAGUAAGAAGUCUUGUUGUGAAAUUCCAUAUGAAAAUAAGUACAUUGUAGUGUCCUAUUGUAAGCCAGUUGACCAGAUCAUGAAGAGAACUGUGGUAAUCUUCCUCAGGUGUCGUUGCUUUAAAAGCAGGUCAGAUUGUCUGGUCCCAGCAUUGCUAAUGACACAUGGUGCACUGAGCUGAGUGCAACAUGUCACAUUCUACAAUUGGGAACCAGCCACAGGCCCUUUUAUCCAAAGGAGUUACUACAUGUCAGCCAUUCCCUCAACACUUGGUCUGAAUCUGCCUAUCAUAACACAGGCAAUAACACUGAGCCACCAAACCUUAAUGUUCUUGUUGGUCUCGGAACAAUGAUUGUAACAUUCCAAAUGUAUCAUCCAACCCUUUACCGACCCCAAGCCUAAUUCUCCAUGUAAUGUACAACUUUCAGUGUGUGUAAUAGUACAGAACUUUGAUGAAGCCAAAAAGACAUUAUAUGAAGGCCAUGUUGUCCCCUUGUUUCACUCCACUGCUUGGAUUAACCAUGCACACACUGCAGUUUAAGAACAAGCACUUCACGCUACAAUCAGUUUAUCAUUAUGAACACUGUAUAAGUCAUAUCAUCAUAGCACUGGGAUGUUCUAAAUCUAAAUUGUUUUGUAUUCUUCGCUGGAACUUCGUAUCAUACCAAUCAGGGAGAGAUCAAUGCUUUUUUUGCUAAUACAUUAUUUUGACAUGCUCCCUUUCAUAAAGGUUAAACCUUCCAUAUACAAGUAUUGGAAAAUAUUUAUUUAUUGCCAAAUUUCACCAACAAUUUACACAGAUCCAGAUUACUUUUGUCAAUAUCUUAUGUAUACAUAUCUAUCUUAUUCUGAGUUGCCAAUAAUGAGUGCAGUUUUAACCUGUUAGUUCACCUUCUCUGUUCCCUAAUGAAAACUGAAAACUGGAGAGGAUGCCACCCUGACCACAAAGUGCUGGGUCUGUGGUGGAACUCUCAGUUCAGGACUCUCUUGUUACCAAAACGGACUGUCUAGCGAGCAUCUCAAACAUUCCCAAUGCACAAGAAGUUCAUCUUUAUAUAGUCAACUUUAGACAGGUGACUUUUUUGCUUAUUGUAAAAUCAGAUGGGAGCAGUUGUGUCAACUUCUUGUUUCUUUUCUGCUAAUUUCUGACAACUUGAAUAUCAAACUGUAAAGUCUGUUGAUGAGCUGUCUGUUUGUCCAGUAAAUCUACUUGGAAGUCAUGUAUGUGUCCCAUUCCUACUCAAUCUAUUUGUACAUAAAAUAUACAUAGUUUUACAUGAUGUCUUUCACAAUAAAAUGUAUUUA